UGCAGUACAGGCUGGAUCUUCAGAGUGGCUGGAGCUGGGCUGGAGCCGAUGUGCUGGUGUAGUUUGUGUUUUUUGUGGUGUUUUUAAGUAAUUUUUCCACUUUUUACUGAAACCUGUCUGUCUGAGAAAGAGGAGGAGAACGCUUUCAAGCUUUUAUUCUUCAUCUAAACUGAACCCUUUCCGUAAGUCAUGAGUCUCCGCAGGGACACAAGAGCUUCAUGACUGGGGAAGAUCUCUGAGCUUUCACUGGAUCAGCUGAGACAGACCACUCUACACCCAACAGCUUAACAGACAACACUGCAAACAUGUUGGACACAGACAGAUAUGCCUGCAAGAAACGGAAGAAGCCCGCUCAAAAACAAAAACCAGCGGAUGAAGUUGCCAAGUCAAACCCAUCAAAGAGGCACAGGGAUCGGCUGAAUGGUGAACUGGAGCGUCUGACCAACAUGCUUCCCUUCAGUGAGGACGUACGCUCUCGCCUGGAUAAACUCUCCGUCCUGCGCCUCAGUGUGGGAUACCUGAAAGCUAAGAGCUUCUUUAAAGCCACCAUGAAGAAAAACAGCUUAGAGUUUCCCACAGGAAAUGGGCUUAAUAUCAGCCGACUGGACGGCAGGGACUUCUCAGAGGGUGACCUUCUCCUGCAGGCUCUGAAUGGGUUUGUGUUGGUGGUAACUGCAGAGGGAUACAUCUUCUAUGCAUCACCCACCAUUCAGGACUACCUUGGCUUUCAUCAGUCUGAUAUGGUCCACCAGAGCGUCUUUGAGUUCAUUCAUGUUGAUGACAGAGCCAUUUUCCGCAGGCAGCUUCAUUUUGCACUCAACCCAAAGAGGUCGGACACGGACAUGGAGAGUGAUGGUCUGGAGAGCAGCAGUGACAUCACAAGAAAUAUUGAAACCUACAACCCACAGCAUAUCCCACCAGAGAACUCCUCCUUUCUCGAGAGGAGCUUUGUGUGUCGUUUCCGAUGCCUCCUGGACAACUCAUCUGGGUUUCUGAAACUGAACUUCCAGGGAAGGCUGAAGUUCCUCUUGGGGCAGAAUGAGAAAGCUGAGAAUGGGUCCCUUAUCCAGCCACAGCUUGCGUUUUUUGCUAUUGCCACCCCAGUUCAGCCGCCGGCUAUUCUGGAGAUCCGUGCCAAGACACUGAUAUUUCAAACCAAACAUAAGCUGGACUUUACUCCUUUGGGCAUUGACUCCAGGGGUAAAGUUGUACUGGGUUACUCAGAGAUGGAGCUGUGCAUGAAAGGAUCUGGAUACCAGUACAUUCACGCUGCCGAUAUGAUGCACUGCGCAGACAAUCACAUCAGAAUGAUAAAGACGGGAGAGAGUGGGAUGACAGUUUUCAGACUGUUAACAAAGAAUGCAAAAUGGAUUUGGGUCCAGUCCAACGCAAGACUUGUGUACAAAGGUGGACGUCCUGACUUCAUUAUCGCUCGCCAGCGAGCCCUGGUUAAUGCUGAAGGAGAGGAGCACUUGAGGCAGAGAAGACUACAGCUUCCCUUCCCGAGCCUCACCACUGGAGAAGCAGUCCUCUAUGAUCUUUCUUCUCCUCUGGAUGUAAUGAAUGCUGAAAGCACAAAGAUGGAGUCUUCCAAGCCUUUGGAACCAAGCUCCAUGCUUGCAUCCUUGCAGAGACAGGACCAGUCCAUCUACCAGCAGCCCACCGAGCCGGAAUUUAGAGUGGAUGACGCCUUCAUGGAUAGCUGGGCUCUUUUCAAUGUGCCCAGUAAAGUUUUGCAGGAUAAGACCAAGAAGGAGGAGGAGGACAGUGAUGUGUCCUUGAAUGAUGCUUUGGAACUGUUGGCUCAGGAUGGAGACAUUUGUACGACUCUUCAGCAGAUGGAGGUGGAUAGCAUGGUGCUGAAGGAGUGUGAAAAUGCUCUUCUGAGGAUGGCUACUGAAAGCAGUGGUAAUGAGAAGAACCUGAGCUUAGAUGAAAUCCUCACUAGUAACAUCUUCUCUUAUGUGGAGGGAGCUGUUUAUAAGGAAAUCAAUAAGGGUCCUGUACCACAGGCUAAUCUCUCAGCAUCAGCAGCAGGAGCAGAAGUCAAAAACAGUUCAUUUGGAGUGGAUUCUGGACAGUACUCUACUACAGUGAACUCUGGAUCUGGAUUCUCCACAAAUCACAGCUUUGAUAGCACAUUGGAAUUUGUGGAAAUUACUGGGCAAGACAUGGGCGCAAUGGUUAGUGCACCUGAUAAGUCUCAGAGACUUUCACAUUCCAGUUUAAAUACAGUGGGGUUUGUUCCAGUGCAUGAGGCCGAUACAACCCCAAGGAAAGGUCUGAAUCAUCUAUCACUUACAGGCCAGACUGAAUUGUUCACUCAGUUUCAGAAGAACUUGAGUCAGAACACCACACCAAGCACCUUCAACACAAUCCCUUCCAAUGGUUGGGAAAACGUCCCACAGCAAAAUGUCCAGGUCCAGAAUGGUAAAACGCAAUUAUCUGCAAAUAUGUCUUCUUGCCAGAUCAGGUGUUAUCCUGGUAACCAUUCUGAAAACUCGGAGCUGAAUCCUUUACAAAACGGUUUUCAUCAGAAAAGCCAGCCAACCUUCAACCACCAGAACAACCACAUAGACAAAAGAAAUCAUAGUCCUUCCUUGUCCCCUUACAAUAAUUGCAUAUCCUCCUCAAGCAACAUUCACACGUGCCAUGCGCCAACGGAUCAUCCGGCAGCCAACCACUGUUCACCACUCAGCAGCUGCAUGUAUGAGAGCCAAUCUCCGCCAAGUACAAAUACAGACUGGCUGCAUCCUCAGGCCCAGGCAGUGACCAUACCAUCAUGCUCCAAGGAGACACUUCCUAACAACCAGAGCCCACCGCAGGCAUCUUGCUAUUUCCAGUGGAUGCCCAAUGAGCCAGUGGUGGGCACAUCCUCCAUUCCACAGGUGGAUGUUUGCAUCAGUCCUCCUUUGUGUCACACCUUACCUGGUGUCACUAUCAACAACAACCAGGAAUACCAUGGACAUAAAUGCAAUGGACAUACACAGGAUGAAGUAUUCCACACUGGGGAAUACAGCUCCUGGUUUUCCAUUCCUCCACACAUUAACGGAAUACACGUUCCUGAGAACAGCAGAGCCAGCUGCUGCAAGCUCUGAGAUUCUUCAACAUCAAUGGACUUCAGGGUUUCUACUAAGAAUGACCUUUUAAUGAAUGUUAAAUCAUAAACAUUCUGUUAUUUAGUAAAAUGCUAAAUGUGGGCAUUAAUAAUGGAAAUAAUGUUCAGCACAGCCCCUUCUACAAAUACAUCUGGCCCAAAUUGGUGCCAUGAUUAUCAAAUGAGUGUUAGUCAAAGGAAACCACUUUAUAUGAAAGUGACGUAUAUUUUUAGAUAUUGACUUUAGAUGACUGAGUAGGGAAAAGCAGGCACUACCUAACAGGUUUAACCGCUAAAUUAUUAUAAUUAUUUGAAUUCUAAGAGUAUUUGAAAAAAGCGAUUUUUUAUAUAUAUAUAAAAGGGGUUAAUUGUAACAAGAUGAUUGUAACUUGUAACUAAAAGUCUGAUGAAAUUAUGCAAACACAGUUAAUUUAGUUUUAGUUAGUAUUUUUGACACGGAUAAUAUUACAUUUAUAUAGCAAUAAAAGACUGGGCAAAAUAUAUUUAAUAUGUAUAAUACUAUGUGGUUUUAAAUGUGUAUUUUUUCCCAUUUCCAAUUUAGUACAAGAAACAAAUUAUCAAAUAAAAAUGAGCUGUUUUUGACACUUUACCUAAAUUGCCUCAAUUUUAUUACCACUGAUGGUUAUUAAAAGCCUUUGUAACAUAGAUUAGAUAAAUUCAUAGGGCUAUAAAUCAUAUCUGCAGGGAUAUAAAAAGUUGACCAGAUGUUAUGUAACUACAUGAAAAGACAGUGUUACCUUUCACCCCCAUUGUGUUGUGUGUUAUUGAAUGUAUUGGGUCUAUUCCAUCAAAUUCCCUACUUUUGCUAUGAUCCUACCAGCUUGUAUCUGUGUAAUAUUGGAAGUUUAUAAAUGCACUGUCAUUUCAGAGUGGCCUAUGCAGGCUAAAAGCUUUCCACUGAGACCAAUGUGCACAAAUAUCCAUACAAUAUCCUUCAUAUUUUUCUAUCAUAACUUUUAUUAUUGAGAAAUGUGGUUAUGUGAUUACAUGGAAUAAGAUUACAUUUUUUUCUUCAUUUAAAAAUCAUACCCAGUGUAAUUCUAUGAAACGCAACAACAGCAUGACUCUGGAAAUAUCUGUGUUGAACAUAUAUUUUAUACUGCAGAACCUAUUUACUCUACCACAGCUCUUUAUUAUUUCCCAUGGAUUUACUGUGAUGUAAUUUGAUCUGGUUAUGAUGUGUAUACUGGCAUAUGAAAUCUGGAUUAUAUAUGUUUAUAUAUAAAAAUAAAUUUAAGUGCAGUGCCUCA